AUAAAAUAAUAAUAAUAAUUCAUUUAAUACAUCAGUGACACAUGUUGUAACUGAAUGUGUUACUAAUAAACUGCCAUCUACUGACGCAUGUGCCUGUGCAUUUAUGUUCAUGGCUUUUGUUCACAGUGAAUGCUUUUUCCAGAGCUUGGUGUGCGAAAAUGACAUUUUCCAUUGAGUCCAUUGAGACACUGAAAUAUUAGAAAGUAGUCAAGGAAACUACUGCAGUAACAAAAUAACUUUGACUACAGUUACACAGGCAGAUAGAAUCCACAUUGUAAUAAAUGUAUUUUAAGCGUAAAUGAUGUGCCACAUAAAAAAGGUUUUUGUUUUCUAUGUAAAAUGGCUAAGUGAGGCCUCCAGAGAUAAAACAAACUUGAUUUGUUAUUCAAAGUAAGAAAUUGCUCUGUAAGCCUUGAAAAGACGGAAAAACAUGGCCUGCCAUUGUGAAUGUUAUUUGAAUAAUUCUUUGCCCCUCACUGCUCAUAGAUUUGAAUCUAUCUGGUGGAAAAAGGUUCUCAUAUUCCUCCUGUGAAGGUGAAGUACAAGGAGACAACAAUUCUUUAUUUCAUGAUGUCGACCGACCACUCACCGAGCCUCUCUUCCGGCCACCAGACCGGAAACGUGGCCUUCGUGUGCUCCUACUUCCUCUUGUUCGUCAUCGCGUUGCUGUUCAACAGUGUCUCCGCGUGGGUGUCCUUGCACCUCCGCUCCACCUCCACAUUCAUUGUGUAUCUUAAAAACCUGGUGGCCGCCGACCUGCUCGUGACUCUGUGUCUCCCGUUGAUAGCAGUGAGCAAGCUUCCAGGAGCCUCAGUCGAGGUCGUGUCUUUCACGUGCCGUUACACCUUUGUCAUUUACUUCUCCUGUUUGUACAUAACUCUCGCCUUAAUGGGACUCAUCAGCCUGGAUCGAUACUUUAAAGUUGUUCGACCAUACGGAAGGCUGCUAGGACAAAGUGUGAUGUUCAGUCUUGUGUUGUCCACCUCGGUUUGGAUUGUGAUAUUUGGCAGCACAGCAGUUCCAACCUUAAUUCUAGCCAGCCAGGUUCCAUUCAAUAGGACAGAAGACGUCUGUGCGUUUGUAUUUAGUCCAGGUGGUCAGGCACUUCACAGGUUUGUGGUUUUAUUUACAAACAUACUUUUUUGGUUGAUCAGCUUAGUGAUUGGCUUUUGCUACAUCUGCAUCACCCUGAAAGUCCUGCAGUCGUUCAGAAACUCUGCGAGCAACAACAGCCAAGGGAGCAGAAAAACCAAGCUGCGGGUCUUCCUCAUCCUCCUUGAGUUUGUCUUGUGUUUUGUGCCUCUCCACUUGCUCCGCAUUCCUAACACAUUAAUAAAACUCUUUCACUCAGACUAUGGCGUUGCCAAUGAACCGAAUCUAUUGAGUGACUUGUUCCUGUGGAUGUCGACCGCCAACGUCUGCCUGGAUCCUCUUCUCUACAUCUCUCUGUGUAAGGAGUACAGAAACAAGCUGGUCGACAUGAUGGAAGCUGCAGGGAUCUGUGUCGGGUUAUGUUCAAGUGAAAAACAGGACGACUCCCAGGACACCAGUCAAUAGUCAUUAAAUGCGGCACCUUUACAGACAUAGAGAUGAACAUAAAUAAAUAAUAUAGUUACAAA